AUGGAUUAUAAUGUAAUGCUGGAAGAAAACAUUAUCACUUUUGUGAAGAAUGAACUAAAGAAGAUGCAGAAUGAUCUGAAUCCAGAUUAUUCAGAGUGUCAGAGGGAUGAAGAGGAGGUGUUGGACACUGAGGAAGAGAAGCAGAGAAGGAGCAGCAGAGAGGCAUUUCUGAAACUUGCAGUUAACUUCCUGAGAAUAAUGAAACAGGAGGAGCUGGCUGACUGUCUGCAGAGCAAAAAUCCUGAUCCACUUUGUGAGAAUACAUUUAAAUGUAACCUAAAGAAGAAGUUCCAGUGUGUCUCUGAGGGGAUUGCUAAACCAGGAAACCAAACCACUCUAAAUGAGAUCUACACAGAGCUCUGCAUCACAGAGGGAGGGACCGGAGUGGUCAACACUGAACAUGAGGUCAGACAGAUUGAAAUGUUUUCCUGGAAACCAAACAGACCAGAAACAACAAUCAGUUCUAGAGAGAGUGUUAAAAGCCAACAGGAUGGAGGAAAGCUGCCCAAGACACUGACUGAGAUGUACAUGCACUUCCUGGUGGUUCAGACCAAAGUGAAGAACAUCAACAUGAAUCUACUCCACUGUCUGAAUGAAUUGAAUGAUGACUCUAUAGUGAAGGAGGUCCAGCAUCAACUGAGUUCAGGACACCUGUCCAAAGUUAAUCUCUCUCCUGCUCAGUGGUCAGCUCUGGUCUUCAUCUUACUGUCAUCAGAAGCAGGUCUGGAUGUGUUUGACUUGAGGAAAUAUUCAGCUUCUGAAGAGGCUCUUCUGCAGCUGCUGCCAGUGGUCAAAGCCUGCAACAAAGCCCUGUUGGGUGGCUGUAACCUCACAGAGAGAAGCUGUGAAGCUCUUUCCUCAAUUCUAAGUUCUCAGUCCUCCAGACUGAGAGAGCUGGACAUGAGUAACAACAACCUACAGGAUUCAGGAGUGAAGCUGCUUUGUGUUGGACUUGGGAGUCCACAGUGUGUGCUGGAAACUCUCAGGCUGUCAGGCUGUCAGAUCACAGGAACAGGCUUCACCUCUCUGGCCACAGCUCUGCGCUCCAAUCCCUCCUAUUUGAAAGAGCUGGACUUGAGCUAUAAUCAUCCAGGAAACUCAGGAAUGAAGCUUUUGUCUGCUCUAAAGGAGGAUCCACAUGUGAAACUGGUCAUACUCUGUGUGGAGCCUCAAGGAGUCCAGUGGAUGAGACCAGGUCUAAGGAAAUAUUUCUGUGAUCUGAUGCUGGAUCCAAACACAGCACACAGAAACCUCAAACUGUCUGAUGACAACAAGGAGGUGACACAUGUGGAAGAAGAUCAGCUGUAUCCUCAUCAUGAUCUUAGCUUUGAUCACUGGCCUCAGCUGCUCUGUACUAACAGUCUGACUGGUCACUGUUACUGGGAGGUCGAGUGGAGAGGAGAGGUUCAUGUUGCUGUAGUUUAUGGAGGAAUCAGUCGGAAAGGAGAUGGUGAUGAAAGCAGGUUUGGAAGGAAUUAUCAAUCCUGGAGUCUCAACUGCAGUGAUGAUAAAGGUUACUAUGCUAGUCACAAAUUUGAUUUAAGAGCCAUCCCUCUUCUCCCCUCAGCUCUCUCUCACAAAGUAGCAGUGUAUGUGGACUGUUCUGCAGGAACUGUGUCCUUCUACAGUGUCUCCUCUGAUAAACUGAUCCACCUGCACACCUUCAACACCACCUUCACUGAACCUGUAUAUGCUGGGUUUAGAGUGAAGCCUGACUCUAGUAUCCACCUCUGUGCUGACUCAGAAUAAUGAACUUACUGUGCAGAGAAAUAUUCUCACAUUGGUGUUUCAUACUUUUUCUUACUUAGUAUAUCAGGUAUACUGUCUCGUACAUAUAUUCGUUUGUUUUUCAGUCGAGAGAUGUUGGAUAAGACUGAUUCUCCUGAAAAAUUUUUUUUAUCAUCUUAGGUGCCUUUUUUAAAGAGCAGAUAUCAGUUUUUACUUCUAUACUGCAGUUUAAAUACCCACAGUACUUUUAGUGCUGA